AUGGAAAACUAUCGGAACCGGUAUGUUAGCAUCGCUCUCUAUCUCGCGCGUAGGCAGACAGAUACCACACGCAGGUCUCCAGAACCUGAACUUCGAGCUGAAAACAGUGUAUAUAUACAGGAGAACAGGCGCAGCCGUAAGCCGCCGGUCAAACUACCUAUCAAUAGCCGUGAAGGCCUUGAGGACGAGUGGGUUCAGUUUCUACCAAACGAGGCUCUCUUCAAUGAAAUCCUGGCUCGAUUUGUCGACUACGUCCACCCGCAGUUGCCAUUCAUGGACAUGAAACAAAUAUGCGGUAACUUGAGAAUGAAGGCUUUGGCCGGCGGGUUCAGUUUGUUUGUCCUUCACGCCAUGAUCGCAGCAGCAUGGCCACACCUUGAAGCAGAAUUUGUUGUUGCUGCUGGCUUUGCCUCCGCGAAAGAGGCGUCGAAUAAUCAUGUCCAAAGAGCCACUGUAAGAGAAUCCUUCCCACUCUACCUUGGUGUCGUCCUACUGCCUCCAUGGAGCCCUGCUCUAGUCAGAUAUUUUGGUUUAACAAAUUCAAAGCACCUCAUGGACUUAAACUACGAAACCGACGCAAAGAACUUGAUCCAGGGAUUGCUUUUCCUGAGCACAUGCGCCAAAACCGACCCUAGUGGACGCCCUAAUAAUGGAUCUGUUUGGUUCCUGAAGGAAGCAAUUUCCAAGGCUAAAGCUGCCAAAAUGCACCGAGAGGGAGGAUCACAUUCUGGAGAGCUGUCUUUGAACGAGAAGAGACUCAGAAGGCGUCUCUGGUGGUGCUGCUACGUACAAGAUCGGCUAUCGAACUUGCUCACGGGUCGCAGGCCUUGUAUCAGGGACAAGGAAGUGGAGAUCGCGCCUUUGUCGCUCGAGGACUUUGACUUCCAUCACAUAGCGAGCAGCAAUGCCCAAAGUUAUCCUGCAUUGCCCCGAGAUACCCUUAGCCAGAUCUUCCUCGUCUACCUUUUCAAGUUGAAAGUCGAGCUAUUGUCAUACGUCUCUCGGAGCUCAUCCGAGAUCAUAAUCUCCAAGGAGAGGAUUUGCGAACAUAUGGACAAGUGGUAUCAAAACUUGAUCGAGUCGGUCUCAUCUCAAGCAGUCAGCACAUUUGCUUUCAAAUGUCUCAUGACACACUGGGAAUCGCUUGUACUCCUCCACCAAACGAUACGAUUUCUUUCAACGAGGGCACGCUGGGCUGAAGAGUUAGCCAGAACGCGUCAAACAGGCAGAGCACCGCCGCAGGGCAGAUGCAGCACGUCGCCCUCCUUCGCAGAGCGGGAAUUGCAGCACUCGCUCAGGAGUCACACAAGGCUACUCCUGCAGCUACAAAAUCGUGGCCAGUUGUUGCAGAUCGCGCAGAGUGGCCUCUGGGCGCUCCUACCAGCCAUGGUGACCAUCAUCCAGGUUCUGGCAAGCAAGGAGAAUAACGACGAUGACAUCGACAUACGCGCCUAUCGUGAAAUAUAUCUCCAAUACCUUUCCAUCCUCGAAUCCCAUCGUCGGCGCCUGGAAGCUGUGGAAAGCGUCAUGCCAUUCGUGGAGAGGAUGCUUCAAAAAAUACCACAACAAUGCCGCAGCGACGCCACUACCCCCGUCUCGCAUUCUUACUGUGAUUCCACAGGCCCAGUAGCCACAACCACUAUUGAUCUAGAUCAGCUAUCGGGCCCACCGUGGAAGAACUCUAUGGUGGAGAUCGACGAUACCUUCUGCGACUCACUCUCUUCCCCGGCUGUUUCCGAUGGGCAAUUUGGCGCCGCCAUCGCGGUGGAAAAGCAAUCACCGCCGGAUUUCCCUCUUACGGAGGAUGCAGGAGAUGUUCGCACUAACGCAGUCACCAGUUGGUUCUUGAGGUCUGAUUCUAUAAACACAGAAGUCCUCGGAUGUGAAAACUAUAACUGGCCGGUUACCAGGGAGGACGCUGCUUGCAGUUGA